AUGGCCCGUCGACAAUCAAAAUGUCCGCAAUCAGACGGCUUCUAUGUGAAGGUAUGGUUGUCGAACACCCUCGACAUUGUUCAGACGGAGCGCACCGAUCUCGGUCCCAACAAGCUGAAACAGGCUGCUGCUCUCGUGUUCUCGAGGGCCGGACUCAACCAUGGUCGACGCACGGCGGACAGGACCGUUCAGAAAAAGGUUCUAGGCCCAACGUUGUAG